UCUGCAGAAGGGGCACAAAUGCACUCCUCUACGAUACGUUUAAGUUAAUUACAUGCUGAUCAAAAUGACCUCAGAAGGUGAGGUGGUCUCUUACUAAGGACUACCGUGGUUUUCGUAGGCAUAGGGAUUGUGAAGGGAGACAUGACACAACUGAGAAAAAUCACAAUCUCUCUCUUCAUUUCCAGAUAACCUGCGCAGAACAAAAAGCAACUAUGGGCAAUAUAUUUCUAAAAGAUGAUGUAAGGAGAGAAUUUGAUGAUUUAAAGAGUCAUUUGAAUCAAGGCAAUAUCCCUGAAAUGGCAGUUGAAUACAGAGGAUAUUUGAAUAAAAUGCAAAACCUGCCACUUAAUAUUGCAGUUGUUGGAAAGGCGGGUGCUGGUAAAUCCUCCUUCAUUAAUGCCUUCCGGGGCAUAAAUGAUGAUGAUGAGGAAGCAGCCGAGGUUGGUACAGUAGAGGAAAAAACAGUGCCAGAGGCACAUCCCCACCCUUCUCUUCCCAAUACAACGAUAUGGGAGCUACCAGAGAUCAGAACGUGUACUUCUAAUGCAGCUGAAUAUCUCAAGAAGGUCCAGUUUGAAAGAUAUGAUGUCUUUGUUUUGAUUGUCACCGACCGCUUUACUGAAAACGAUGCUUUCCUCGCAAAGGAAAUACAAAGAAGGAGAAAGAAGUUUUACUUUGUGCGUAGUAAAAUCGAUAUCAGUAUUGAAGGUGAAAGGAGGAAAAGGAAUUUCAACAUGGAG